UGACCGCUCUAUUCCAAGUCUAAUAAUCUCUCUCUUUUCACUUUACAAUUACUUUAAAGGUUACAUUACGAAGAAGCAGCGCGAAUUAGUUUUAAGGGUAGACUUGUGAGGAAAGGUGCUUUGGUUUUAGAACCACCACAACCGGAUGAAUAUCACCACCAUUCUCAGCGGCAAAUCAUUUGAGAAAUCCAGUCAACAAAUUUGGCGAACCACCACUCUACCACCCACCUCAGCCGCAAGAACCACCACCUACGACCCUUGAAGGCAACACAACCUUUAAAGCCACAGUUGAGAGGGAUGUACGGUUUUGUGAUGAAAGGGAUGAGGGAAGAAAUAUAACCAGUGUUUGCAAAAUAUUUGAAAAAUAGCCCGCUUAUUAAAUUUGCUAAAUUGGGUAAUUUUCUAAGCAUAUUUCCUAAUUUGGUAUGCCAUCUUGUCUGGUUCAUAUAAGUUUUCUAGCUUGAGGAAUCUAUGACUUUGUGUUUACAUUUAACAAAUACAGCUUAAUUAACUUGUUAGUUGAUUUUUCAGCUAAUCUAGAAUUGAAAAAAUAAUAAUGUGCAGUCGAGAUUAUGAGUUGUAACUAAAAAAAAAACCUAUAUCCAAUUAGCUCUUAGACGCCUCUUGAUUAAUGCUAUAAUUUGGUACUAAGCUCACAUGCUUGUUAAUUCUGUUAUUCUUGUAUGCCGUCUGCGAACGGAAUUACUUGACUUUUUGUUUCUUUUGUUAUCCUCUUUCCUAUGUCCAACAAUGUGCCAAUGAUUAUUGCAGAUAGCUUCAUAUUUGGUAUUCUUAGUCAGUAGGUAAGAUUCUCGAGUCUUCAGCUUUUAACAAUUGCUUAAAAACUAAGGCCGCCUAUAUUAACAGUGAUAAUUAGUAAUACUCCUGCUAUUUAUCAAUCUUCAGUUUCCUUUCCUAUUGCUGAUUAAUGUCUUGCCUUGAUCCAAUUUCCCACAAUUAUCAGCCAAUCAAGGGUGGAGCUAGGGUGGUGGAAGGGGUUCAUCUGAAUCCCCUUACGCCGAAAAAUUAUACUAUAUAUGUAAGGUCAAAAUUAGUUUUUUAUGGUAUAAAUAGUAGAUGUUGAAUCCCCUUGGCUUGUUCGUGCGUUUACUUUUUAAUAAGCCGAAUCUCCGCAGAGCCAAUCACCUCGUCUUUGAUUUCAUCCUUUUCCUGUGUCUUGACUGGGUCUUCGUCCUUCCUUCCUUGGCUUACUGCUGAGCAUCUUCUGUGUUUGCACUUCUGUCUUUAAUUGAAUCCGGAAGUCAUUGAAUUAUUCUACAUGUUCAUGUCAAUCAUAGAGUUUUGAGUUAGUAUAGAAACUUAAUUUAAAUUGUCAUCUUUAAAAUCAUUCUAACAGAGAUGGUUGAUUAUGAUAUACUUAAUAGUUUGUCUAUCAUUUUUGUGUGUCAACUUUCUGCAGAUUGAUUUAUUCACAGAUCUUGCAUAGAUCUCUGAAGGUUCUUUGCAGAAGUACAAACAGAGGUGAUUGAUUAUGAUGUUGUAACUUCGCUGAUAGGAACAAUAUAUCAGCUUUCACAAUCCAACUUAGACUUGCAGGAGGGUCAUAAAGAACAUUUGAAAUCACUGUACGAGAAGUUUGGCUCUCUGCUAGAGUUUCUUGACAAUCCUGAUGACGAAUUUGGCUCUUUGCCAUAGAAUUAAAUUUCUUUGAAUUCUGAAUCGAGUCAUCGCAUUUUGAAGAGACUUGAUUGAAGAUGUGAAUAGUUCCUGCCAUGUGAUGAUUGCUUGUAUGUUGAGUUCAUAUUUUUGUUAAAUAAUUAAUUUAAUUAUAUUAGCCCACAAUAUUUAUCUGGACCUAAAUGGUGACAUAGUCAUCUUCUCUUCAGUCAGUGAUGAUCUCUUAAUGGUGACGAAAAGGCGACAUAGUCAUCUUCCUGAGACCAAACCAAAUGGUUAUUACAGGGUAUGAACACACUAGUUGAUUUUUCAGCUACCAAUUAUGAAGGCGUAGUUGACUUGACAUAUUCUAAAUCAGUAGUGGAAGACAACUACAAUAUUUAAAUUGCAAUUAGCUAAGUUCUGUAGGAAACUUCAGUGAAAUUUUCAACAAGUAUUUAGCAAAUGACCACCCUUUGAUAUACGAUAGACCCUCGGCUCCUUCCCUCCAAGAACUCCCCAUCUUGCUCUUGGGGUGACUCGAACUCACAACCUCUUGGUUGGAAAUGGAGGGUGCUUACCACUAGAGCAACCCACUCUUGUCAUCUGAAGGUUCUUUGCAUAACUAGAAAUAGAUAUGGCUGCUCAUGCUGCUGUUACUUCUCUGAUGGGAAUAAUGCAGCAGCUUCCACAAUCCCGCUUAGACAUUCAGCAGGGUCAUAAAUUACUUUUGGAAUUACUCCACAAGAAGGUUGGCUCUCUGCUAGAGUUUCUGGACAAUUCUGAUGAUGAACCAAUGAAGGAUUUGCAGAAAAAGGUCAAAGAUCUAGCAAAUAAAGUAGAGGAAAAAGUCGAAUCACACAUUCAAAGAGAGUCUCAGAAGACGCUUCUUAAGAUGUUGCAGCGAGUCUUCCACCUUCCAUCAAAGUCCCAUGAGAGACUUUAUAAGAUCUUGCUACAAGCUAUAUGUGCUGUUGAUUCGAUCAAGGAAAAGCUCAUCAAACAGAUGAAGAAUAACAACUUGCAAGCUGUAAAUCAUUCAAUCAGUGGUUCUAGUUCACCACGAUUGCAUGUUUCAACCCUCGUGAACGAUAUGGUUGGGUACAACAUUGAACAAGAGCGCAUGCGGAGUCAACUUACCAGACACGCAUCUCAACUGGAAGUCAUUUCUAUUGUUGGGAUGGGCGGCAUAGGUAAGUCAACUUUUGCCAGUAAGAUGUUUUCUGAUCCCUCAAUUUUGAGCUUCUUUGAUGUUCGUGGAUGGAUUACUGUGUCCAAGAACUACAGUUUAAGAAAGAUGCUUCUAACCCUCCUUCAAGACACUGUUGGGGUGGCCAAAGAGCUUGAUGAGAAAAGCGAUGGAGAGCUAGCAGAUCGCUUGCAAAAAAGUUUAAAGGGUAGAAGGUAUUUGAUUGUUGUGGAUGAUAUAUGGAGUAGGGAAGCCUGGGAUGAUGUUAGAUUAUGUUUUCCAGAAAACAAUAAUAGAAGUCGGAUAUUGUUGACUACUCGAGACAUGAAGGUUGCUCAAUAUGCUAGCUCUCCUAAGGAUCUGUUUCCAAUGCGUUUCCUAGAGCCAAAGGAAAGUUGGCAUUUGUUUUGCCAAAAGGUGUUUGGCAAAAACGAUUGUCCAACUGAAUUUGAGAAUGUCGCGAAGGAAGUUGUAAGUAAUUGCAAAGGAUUACCACUAAUGAUUUCUGUGGUUGCAGGGACUCUCUCUAGCAAGAAAACAAUGGAUGAGUGGAUCAAAGUAGCUCAAAGUGUGAUCUCAUCAGUAGAUCUUGAUGAUUAUCAGUAUUGCUCAAGAGUGCUUCGUUUGAGCUACAAUCAUCUUCCUUCUUAUUUGAAAGCUUGCUUUCUUUAUUUUGGAGUUUUUCCAAAAGCUAGUGAGAUUUCUGUGAAGAAAUUGACUAGAUUAUGGAUUGCCGAAGGUCUCUUAGAGCUAAAGGGGUCUGAAGGAUUGGAACAAGUAGCUACUAAUAUUUUACAUGAUCUUAUUGAUAAAAGUCUGGUUGUUGUUAGCAAGAAAAAUUUGGAUGACAAGAUCAAGACAUGUAGGAUUCAUGAUCUUCUCCAUGAUUUAUGCUUGAGAGAAGGUGAAAGCGAGAAUCUUUUGUAUGUUGCAUACCUAGGAUCUAGAAGGGUUUCCUCUCAAGGCCGAUGGGUGUCAGUUAAUCCAGAGCGAGGUUAUGAUUCUUAUGCGCUUUUGGAAAAUCUUACUCAUAGCAAAAUACGUUCUAUUCAUUUUCAUCCCACUGAUCUGGUGCGACAUCAAUUAUCUAUUAAACUAUUCCAUUUUAAACUUCUUAGAGUACUGGACUUGGUGACAAUAAGAUUAGUUUCAUUCCCUAUUGGAGUAGUACACCUAGCUUCUUUGAGAUAUUUGGCUGUGGUGGUUAAUUUUGAGACUUCUGAACAUCAAUCAAUUUCCAAUCUUUGGAAUUUACAAACUUUUAUUUUUUCCAUAAGUCUUCCACAAAUCGAUCUUGUGCAUUUACCAAAUGGAAUUUGGGAAAUGUCUCAAUUGAGGCAUCUUCACUCUACAAGGAUGUCUCUAUAUUCUCCUCCAAAGGUAUCAGCUAAUGAAGUUAAGUACCGCGUUUUGGAAAACUUACAAAGUGUUUCUGGGUUGAGUCCUUGUUGUUGCACAAAAGAAAUAUUUGAAGGGAUUAAAAAUGUGAGAAAAUUGGGUAUUUCUGGCACUGAAGACGAAUUUGAUUAUGAGCCUAUAUGCUUAGAUAAUCUAAUAUAUUUACACGAGCUUGAGGAACUAAAAAUCGCAUCAUACAUCCUUACCAGAUAUGAUGUACUUCUUAGUCUUCCAUUCGCAAGUUCUUUCCCACCUAAUCUCAAGAAGCUGACACUCCGCAAAACUUUUCUACUGUGGAAGGACAUGACGAUCAUUAGCAAGUUGCCCAAACUUGAGGUGCUCCAGUUGAAGGCUGAUGCCUUUGUAAUUAGUUAUCCCGUAGAUACAGUCUGGGAAGUAACAGAGAUGGGAUUUCUUGAAUUGAAGUUCUUGCUCCUUGAGUGGUUGGAUCUUGAUUACUGGAGAGCCGCUGAUGAUUAUUUCCCAUGCCUUGAGCACAUAGUUAUCAGAAACUGUCGUACGUUAAAAGAGAUUCCUGAAGGAUUUGCAGAUAGUUUGACACUGCAGCAAAUUCAGUUACAUCGAUGUACUUCUUCCCUUGUGACUUUUGCUGAGCAAAUCCAAGAAAAUCACGAGAGUUUGGGGAACAACAUGCUUAAAGUUUAUUCCUUCGACACAAUUCGAGGGAGAGCUUCUUAGGAAGAUGCAGAGGAAAUGAGUAAAUGAGUUUUGCCAACAAAUCCAGCGAGAAAAAGAUGUGUUGGUUUUUCAAAAAGGGAUUUCUAAGGAAUUUGCAGAUAGCACCAAACUGCAGCUCGUUGUGUCGUCUCUUCCGUGUGAAUUUUGCCAACAAAUCCGACGAGAAAAAAGAGAUGACACCACUUGUGAAACUUGCUUGUUAUAAGUCUUGUUUUUUCUUUUUUCCUGUUCUUGUUUCUAGUCAACUGGGGUUGAUUUGAUCAUCAAAACUUCUCCAGAGAACAAAAGGCUAGCAUUAUGUGUGGUAUUAUUCCAUAGGCGUAUCCAGGAUUUGAGCAUUAUGGGUUCGAGUUCGGUAUUCUACCACAACCCAUUUGUUUUAAUGGAUUCGAACUCUAUUAUUUGUAAUUUUUUUCUGGAUUUUUAAUUUCGACCAAAGAUACUGGGUUCGGAUGAAACAUUAAGUUCUUAACUACAUCCGCCCCUUUAUAUUACUCUGUAAUGCUGGUCUCGGAUAUUAUAUUCUAAUUUGGCCUGUCUGAAGGGUUAUUUGAAGAUUAUUGCACACAUUGCUUAAAGGACGUUAUUUCUAAAUAUUCUGCUAUCUCUCUCUACCUUAGAAAUGUUAGGUCAUUGUUUUCAUUUCAGCAUUGACUUGAACUAUAAGCAGAGAUCUAAUUGGACAAAUCUUCUAUUUUCCCGCAAUAAAUGAUUGUGGAAGGACAUGGCAACCAUUAGCUUGUUGCCCAAACUCAACGUGCUCCAAUUGAAGAAAGAAGCCUUUCGUUUAAGAAUAUUCUGGGAAGUAACAGAGAUGGGAUUUCUGAACUUAAAUUCUUGCUCCUUGAGGAGUUGAGUCUUGUUUACUGGAGUGCCGCUGAUGAUUAUUUCCCAUGCCUUGAGCGCGUAAUUAUCAGAAAUUGCAGAUCCAGAAAGAGCAAUUGGAGAAUUCAGGAAGCGACAUGCUUAAAGUUUAUGCCUUUGACACAAUUAGAGAGAUAGAGUCUGAUGAAGAUUAUGGGGAAGCAGCAGAGGAAGUUAUGGAAAAGGUUGAAGAAGAUUCAAAGGAAGAUUGAGCAAAUGGGUUAUAAGGUAAACUGCUGAGGAAAGGUGUCUUGGGUUAUAUAGAAAAGAUUGCUAAGGAAUUUGUAGAUAGUACCAAACUACGCUUCAUUGAGUUGCAUAACUGUUUUAUCCCCCGUGUGAAAUUUGCCAGCGAAUCCACAAGUUGUGCUUUAGAAUAAUUAUUAAAAUAAAAGAAAAUGGUGUGUGAACACCCUUUUUUUCUUUUGUGGAGAAAAUAGAACAAUGGAAGACAUUGUGUCUGUGAACAGAGAGCUCAUGAAGCUGAGGGAGAAUAAUAAGCGAGCUGGAAAUUGUUCGCUUGGCACUUCUACUUAAUCACAAUCACAUGCUUCAACCCUCGAGAACGAAACGGUGGGGUACAACAUUGAACAAGAGCACAUGCUGGGUCAACUUAGGGGACACUCAUCUCAACUGGAAGUCAUCUCUAUUUUUGGGAUGGGCGGCAUUGGUAAGUCAACCUUUGCCAAAAGAUUAUUUUCUGAUCCCUCAAUUGUGAGCUUCUUUGAUGUUGUGGAUGGAUUGUUGUGUCCAAGGACUACAGUAUAAGAAAGAUGCUUCUAUCCCUCCUUCAAGAUGCUAUUGGGGUGGAUAAAGAGGCUGAUAAGUAAAGCAAUGGAGAACAACCAAAUCGCUUGCAGAAGAGCGAUGGAGAAUUAGAAGAUGGCUUGCAGAAAAUUGAUGAUGCACUUGCAGAUCGCUUGCAAAAAAGCUUAAAGGGUAGGAGGUAUUUGAUUGUUGUGGAUGAUAUAUGGAGCACGGAAGCCUGGGAUGAGAUUUAACUAUGGUUUCCAGAUAAUAGUAACAGAAGUCGUAUACUGUUGACUACUCGAGACAUGAAUGUUGCUCAAUAUGCUAGUUUUCCUAACGAUCCUUUUCCAAUGCGUCUCCUGAAGCCAAAGGAAAGUUGGCAUUUAUUUUGCCAAAAGGCAUUUGGCAAAAAAGGUUGUCCAACUGAAGUUGAGAAUGUCGCAAGGGUAGUCAUAGAAAAUUGCCAAGGAUUACCACUAAUAAUUUCUGUGGUUGCAGGGACUCUCUCUAGCAAGAGGACACUGGACGAGUGGAGGGAAGUAGCUCAAAGUGUUAGCUCUUUAGUAAACCUUGAUGAUUAUGAGCGUUGCUCAGGAGUGCUCUCUGUAUUUCGGAGUUUUCCCAAAAGCUAGUGAGAUUUCUGUGAAAAAGUUGAUUAGAUUAUGGGUUGCGGAAGGACUCUUAGAGCUAAAGGGGCUCGAGGAGCUGGAGAAAUUGGGCUCUAGUCUUUUACAUGAUCUUAUCGAUAAGAGUCUAGUUGUUGUUAGCAAGCGAAGUUUGGAUGGCAAAACCAAGACAUGCAGGAUUCAUGAUCUUCUCCAUGAUUUAUGCUUGAGAGAAGCUGAAAAGGAGAAUCUCUUGUACGUUGUUAAUCCUUCAAUUGCUAAAGGACACCGAACUGUUUUCCCUAAAGGUCGUCGGUGGGUGUCACUUCACUCAACGCGAGGUUUUUCUUCUCCUUUUUGUUUUGGUGAUCUUACUCAUAGCAAAACGCGUUCUCUUCA